AUGUCCACCGACCCUUUUCCCUCCAUUCUGGUGAGUCCAGAAGAUUUUCACAAUGCCAGGAAAUCAGCAACCCGUCGUGUCAUUCCAGUAGCGGCAGGGCGUGGGACACUGCGCUCAUCCUACGAAAAGCAGCAUAUACCAGGCUCAGUUUUCUUUGAUAUGGAUGUCAUAGCAGACAACACAUCACCGUACCCCCAAAUGCUUCCCACGGCCAGUCACUUCGCCCACUGCAUGGGAGAAAUGGGUAUCCAACCGGACGACAUCCUGGUCGUCUACGAUGCAGUCGAGAUAGGCAUGUAUAGCGCACCGCGCGUAGCAUGGGCCUGUCGCCUCUUCGGACAUGAUUCGGUACAUGUCUUGAACAAUUUCCGUCUGUAUACGGAACAAGGAUAUCCAAUUCAAGAAGGAAAUAUGUCGCCGCUCCCACAGACUGUUUACCCUGUUCACGAACCAGGUGCGAACCAAGUUAUCGCAUUUGAGGAAUUGCGGGACAUUAUUUUGCAUGAACGGAAGAAUUACGACAUCAUAGACGCCAGGAUCCCAGGUCGUUUUUCGGGGACGCAGGAAGAAGCUGAUUCCACUCUCCGGUCGGGACACAUGCCUUCUGCGAUCAAUAUUCCGUUGGCAGCGGUGUUGGACACAGAAUCGAAGGCUUUUCUGCCAUUACCAGAACUGAAGAGGCUCUUUGAGACCGCGGGUAUCGAUGGCACUAGACCGGUUAUCUUGACUUGUAAUUCUGGAGUAACUGCCGCCGCAUUGGACUUAUCUUUACAGGAGACAGGUUACGAUAUGGAAAGGAGGGUGUAUGAUGGGAGCUGGAUGGAGUGGACGAGGAGGGCGGAAAGUGACUUGGUAGUCAGGGAUUGA